CAGAAAGCUGAACCCUAUCAUGUCUUCAAAGAAGGCCAGGCCCAGUAAAUACUGUAAUGCCUUAAAUACAAGACUGACAGACACACACACACAAGACAAAACACAUCCCUUGUCAAUCAGGCAGGUCCUAUAGCUUUAGUGGUGUCAUGGAACUCCGCACCAGUGUACCUCCAACAUCAAACCAUCAUCGAGAUGAAGACUCAAGUGAUGAAAGCAUGUAAGGGAAAAUGUGACAAAUAACAAAGGAAUGGACCUUCUCCACUCGCCUCUCCUGUAUCUAAAGGUCGAUACCAAUCAACUUGACAAUACGAAAGAUUCUCUAACCUCUUUGGGAAAUUAUGGUUAAAGCAAGCAGCAGUGUUUUUGACCGUGUUCCACAAGAUGGGUUUCUGUGAUCAUGUGUGAGAUGUGAUGUGAGCAUAAGUCCACAGGAGAUCAAGUCAGUCAAGAUAGAACAAACAUACUUGUGGAGGGGCCUCUUGCUGAGAAAAUGCACAACAGAUAUUGAGUUAACUGCCAAGAGCAACAGCCAUGGGGAAUCUUUUUCAGGCCAGCAAACACACAGGGCAGGCUUGCCGGCCAGCGCAGGACCAGUGAGACUGGCCACAUGGCCCACACAUGGACUGUGUCAAAGGUUAAUCAAAACCUUAUUGUCAGCAAUAUCCACGCGUCCGUCUCCUUCAACCAGAUCAUGUUAAAAUCUCAUUAACAACGAACCUACAAAACACAACACAACCCAACCCAAUAUGACAGGCAAGGGACAGCAACACCACUUUAUAACACUGAGCCAAAGCACAUUGUAACAAGUCAGCAAUCUAAAGGCACCGGCUGCCAAUGCAUAUAUAAGUCAAAAGGGUAAAAUUUGAUCUGAACAUUUCUAACAAGUCUUUAAGUUGUAGUUUAUAUGUCCAGAAAAGACUGUUUGUUGUCUGAAGUCUUACCAAGACUGCACUCACAUGGCAAACAGCCUGCAAAUGUUACAUAAAGCGCCUGGCUCACUAAGGACUCUGGACCGCCUCCCUCACUUCUUUUGAACUAAAGCUCUGAAACUGUGACUGGUCCAAAACGUUCUAAGUCUAAGAAGGUGCAUGUUGUGGCCCAGCCAUGCCAGACAAGGAAAUAAGUGUCCUCUUAUGAUGGUUGAAAACUCAGAAAAGCACCUGAUGUAUGAAAUUGCAAUUGACGAGUAGAGGUAGCCUAAGAAAAAUAAUAAAAAGAUUAGGCUAUUUCUUCGAAAGUUUUGCACCUGGUCUUGGGUUGCCUACGUUUGGAAAAGAAACGUGGACAGGGCAAACUACAAUAUUACCCACCCACCUCUCCACAUGAAAACUGAGACGUGAGAGGAGAUGGAAAGGAAGAGCAAGGAAGAGCGAUAGGAGCGGUCAAAAAGUGGGCAGUCCCGGCGCCGUCAGGAUCCACUGGUAACCGCUGAUAAGACCCCAACAUCUGGUAACCGGAGGUUACAGCGCGUUGCAUUCCCACCCUCUUGCAUUUCCUGUUAUGCCCUGUGCUGUUCGGCACGCUUGGAAGCCUCUGCAGACGGUCAGCAAGUCCCGCCUCGAUUUCGAUUUCUCUGUCAUGAGGGGAACCCUGACUUUUUUAGGAGUGUUCCUCUCUGUUUUCUUCCAUACCAACGGAAUGGUGAAAUCCGACAGAACGACAUACGAUUGUGGUAAUAAAACCACUCAUUGUCGGGAGUACUACUGUUCUGUCUGUGAGGAAUUUGGCCUAGCAAGGAGUGAAUGCUACAAAGCUCUACAUGACCACGUUUGUUACCACCCUUUUAUAAGUGCCAUGAAUCAGUUUAACAACACAAACCUUUGUCAGUGGCAUAUGGUGCAAGAGCCUUACAACACCUUCACAGAGUGCACAGAGGAGAUCGCUGACUGUCUGCUGAUUCCAUGGCCUAAUCCUGAUGUGGAGAAGGUUUUUGUUGACAUUCACACCACAUUCUUUCAAGACUGUGCCGUGGAGGAGCUGAGGGACCCACCUCCCAGCAUCGUGUUUGCCCUGGUCAUGACGCCCAUCUGCCUCAUCCCUGCCAUGGUCAUCCUCGUUGUGCUGAAGACCAAGAAUGGAGACGGCAGGUCCUGACGUGUGGUCACUGUUGCUCACGCUGCUGCCCAUGCUGCUUUGGACACACACAUACACACACUUCUCCAACAUCAUCUCAAGCAGCUCAUCUCAUGCUCUGCUGUCUCCAUCCAUUCAGAUUGGAGUGAUGCCAAAUUAUGUUUUUUUUUUUUUUUUUAACACAAUGCCUUGGACAUAAGGCUGCACAAUUAUUUGAUUUUCAGUUGUAAUAACAAUUUGAACUAAUGCAAUUAUAAUAAUUGUGCAGCCCACAACUUUUUCCCAAUGGUUAAUGUCACAUGAUUUUUAUAUUUAUAUCAUCCUCUUUGUGUGAUAGAUAGUGAAGCUUACCUCACUGGAAUGAUGUGCUUCUCAUGCACCAGGCAUGCUCACCAAUCAGAAGUGGCCUAACUUAAAGUGAACUCUGGAAUCUAGUUUUGACUAGAAAUUAUGUCUUCAGUGAUGUCAUUUGGGGUGAAUUGCACAUUGUUGAAGUGGACAGGAGAUGAAAACGGUCUCCAAUACUUGGCUGGCUUUAUGAUGUUUUUUCUAGAUUGAGUAUUUCAGAACGGGAACUACCCAUUUAAGAAUCUGCCACUUACAUAUUUUAAACUAAUGUACAGGAUAGAGGUUGUCAGUCAAUUAUAUAUUCAUAUAAACAUUAUUUUCAAAGCACUUAAGUAAUUUUGGCAUCACUUUGAUGACAAAGGCCCCAAAGGCUUGCUGAGUGACAGGGCCAUUGUUUGUCCCAACUGAGAUACCCGCAGGAAAAAAAAAAAAAAAAAAAAAAAACACAAGACGAGGGCAUUGCAGCCAAUGAUGGUAUUAUAAAUAAUAAUAAUAAAUAAUAUGUAUUUUGAAAUGGUAAUAACUGGGAAAAGAGAAGUUUUUCUAGUCUCCAUUAGCCAACUGCUUACCUAACUGAUGAAUGUAGCAGGGAUAAGAAUAGUGGCCAGCAUCAUCUGAUAGGAAAAUCAGGGUGUGCUCUCCAACGAUAGGCCAGUCGCGUUGAGGAUGGCCCGAAUGGACUGCUCCGAUUAGCAGAGGAAGUGGGGGGUCAGGGUUGAGGACAAGCCUCAGCAGCACAAUGGCAAGAAAUGUUUUCCGGGCAUUGUCCCCUAAUGAGGGUUGCAAGGCUUGCGCCUGGCAGUACCCUCAGGAUUCCUCUCAUCUCUGGCACCCGGUUUGGUAUAUUUGUCCAUGCCGUAGAUAUAUUUUUAGAUAACAUAAUAAUGCAAUAACAAUGUAAUGGCAAUAUGCUGUUUUUGUAUGACAAUGAAAGCCAAUGAGAGUCUUUCAGUUUGAAUGACCAAAUAAAUAUUUACUCUUUGUGUA